AUGGGUGAUGCAAAGGUUUUAGUCGAGAUGGAGCUGGAUAGAGAUUUCCCCAAAAUUAUUGCACUUGAUGAUAAACAAGGAAACAUAUUUCUUGUCAAUGUUGAAUACAUGUGGAUUCCAUCUAUGUGCGAGAGUUGUGAUAUUCCUGUUGUGGAUAUUGAUGUUAUCCUACAAAAUGGGAAUGCAUCAACAACACCAUCGCCACCUGUCCAUCCACAGGUCAAUGCUAACCUCGUCACCUCUACUGCAGCAUCUGAUACUCUUGUGAUUCAGAAUCAGAAUCUAAGCAAUGACUUAGAUGAUCAAGCAUUAAUUCUCCCCAGCCAGCAACCAGAUGUGGUGACUGUUCAAGCCGUUACAUCGGGUCCCUCAGAUCAUUCCAACUUCCAACAUGAAACAGAAAACAGUUUGUUUGCAACUUUAUCACCUUCUUCUUCUCACUCUCAACAAGAGAAGCCUGCUACUCCACCUAGGUCAGUAAGCACUUUAUCCACAUUAGUAGAUUCCCAAUCUACUCCCACUGAUACACAGAUUAUGGAACCUUUUCCAUCAACCAUUAUCAACAACGAGGCUUUAGAAACUUCAGUUGUUGGUCCCUUAACCACGCCACCUAUCCAUUGUGCAUUUGAGAGUCCUUCUCAUUUUACAGUGCUAGGAGAAGUGGAUGAAAUUGAAGUUGAGCCUUCAAGCUCAUUUAACUUGACAAGAGGUGGGAGGGAAUCAAAGCCUCCUAUCAAAUACCAAAGUUUGGAGUAG